AGAGAAGAGAACACUAUCAGAUCGAGAGAGAGAGAGGUGAACAUACCAAACUGACGGAUGAAUUGAAGAACCAAGCUUCUUUUAUUUGGGUGGUGAAGAAGAUGAAGAAGAUUUGAUGAAGAAGAAGAAGAAGAUGAAUUGCUGGUACGGGUAUGGUUUUCCUUCUUCUUUAUUUAUAUAAAGAAGAUGAAGAUCUGUCUGUAGGAAUUCAAUUAGGAAAAGAUCUUCAAAGUUCCUAAACAAAACAGGUAUCCAUGUUGUUCAAGAUUUCCUAGUUCUGUCAAAAUUCUAAUUUUAAUUUUUUUUCUGAAAUUUUUUCCUAAAUCGUAUCCUCAAAUUGGGAUACCCGUAUCUGUCAUGUCAGAUACGCGUAUCCUUUUGUGAUUGACUGUAUCCGUUGACUCGGAUACGUAUCCCGUGCGUAUCAUCGCGUAUCCGCUGCGUAUCAGACACGGGAUACGCUGGUCUCCAUGCGUAUCCGUGCUUCAUUAGAGAAAGCCCUAAGUAACAGUAGCAACUUAGAUUUCCAUUCUUCUACUUCUUUGGCCUACUUUGCGGGAACCAUGCUCUGUCUGCCGACUCGAUUUUCACACCACAGAAUUUGUAAGCGUUUUCCUAUUUUUCUAAAACUUUCUUCAUCAUCAUCAUCAUCAUUAUCUGCACUUCAAGCUAUGGACUUUAUUGAUGAAACAACCAAUACCAAUGACUCUAGCUACCACGAAUUACAUCUCAGCAUGCAAGGCCAUGCCUCCUCUGGUAACUUUGCAAAAGCCCUGGACUUUUUGAACUCAAUGAGAAAUGUGCCAGGCAAACCCACUGUGUACGAUUUCAAUGCUUUGCUUUACUCUUACUUAAAGUCACAAAGUGCAUUAUUAGAAUAUGUGGUUCAGGUUUACCAUGGAAUGGAAAGAUUCGGGCCCACCCCAAAUUCUUCGACUUUCAAUGUGCUUUUGAAUGGUAUGCUAUCACUUGGACAUCUAAAAGAUGCUUUUGUGAUUGCUGAAAAGAUGGUUGGAGGUGGGUUCUUACCCUCGUUUACUUCUUUGUCGAAAAUCUUGAAAAAGAUGCUUCAAGUUGGGGAUUUAGUUAACUCAGUUGGUGUUUUUAAGCUUAUGUUGAAGUUGGAGUAUUUUCCGACCGAACCCAGUUUGAGUUUGUUGAUUUCUAAGCUCAGUAAAGCCAGGAUGAUCCAAGAGGUGUGGUUUGUAUGCUGUGCUCUUAUGAGUAAGGGUCAUUUUUUUGGUGCUUAUGUCUAUAACCCUAUACUUUGGGCUUUGUGUAAAUCUGGUCAGAGUUAUAAUGCUUUGGAAUUGUAUUAUUGGAUGAAGAGGAAGGGCAUUGUACAUAAUGCGUGCUCUUAUACUGCUUUAAUGUAUGGGUUUGGUAGAGAAGGUUUGUGGAGAGAUCUUCUUGGUUGUUUAAAUGAAAUGGAGAGUGAUGGAUGUAAGCCUAGUGUAAUAACAUAUACUAUAAUUAUUAAGUUUCUUUGUGGUGAAGGGAGGAUUGCAGGGGCAUUAGAAUUUUUGGCUAAGAUGGAAAGGGAAGGAUGUGAACCAGAUAUGAUCUCAUACAAUGUGAUUCUUCAUGAACUUUGUCUUCAAGAUAGAGUGGACGAAGUCGUUCACUUACUUGAUAUGAUUGAGAACAAAGGAUUUUCUCCCAACUCAUACACAUAUGCUGCUUUGGGCGGAGGCCUGUUAAAAACAGGUAAGAUUGGAAUUGCUUGUGAACUAUUGCUUGGUGUGAUUACAAGGGGCUGCUAUGUGGAUGUUGCUGUGUACAAUAUAUACUUCCAUUGUUUAUGUCACGAGAAUAGAUCAAAAGAAGCACUAUAUUUAUUGAAGAAAAUGAUGGAAGAAGGUUUAAUGCCAAGUAAUGUGUCAUUUAACACAAUUUUAAAGGGUUUCUGUAGAGAAAAUAACAUUUCCAAGGCUUUGAAGCUCUUGGACUGCUUUAAGUGGGAUGAAAAUGGGCCUGAUGUGAUUUCCUUUAAUACGAUUUUGUCUGUGGCAUGCAAACAGAAAAAGCAUUCCAUGAUCCAGAGGGUAUUGAGUCGUCUGAAGAAUGGAGGUGUUCAGCCUAAUGCUGUUAGUUUGAAUUGUUUGAUUCAGUACUUUUGUAGGGUUGAAAAAUUUUCAGACUGUUUGAAGCUCUUGGAUUACAUGACGUGCAAUGGUUCUAGUCCCACUAUUGUCACUUUUAAUGUGCUGCUAGGCAGCCUUUGCAAGAAUGGUUUAGUUGGAAUUGCACAACAGGUUUUUAAGCAUCUCAGAAACACUGGAUUUUUCCCUGAUACAACUUCUUAUAAUAUUCUUAUUCGCGCCUUCAUAAGAGAGGGCAAUAAAGUGAUGGUUAAUCAAUUGGUUAAUGACAUGUACAGCCAAGGACUAAAACCAGAUCUCUUUACCUAUGGGUCCUUAAUUAGUGGCCUCUGCAAGGAAGGAAAGGCAUCUGUUGCUCUUAAGCUGAGGGAUGAAAUGGUAGAGAAUGGGAUUGCCCCAAGUAUUGUAAUUUACAAUACCCUAUUGGAGGCAAUGUUCCAGAGAGGUACUUACUCAGACAUUUUCUCGUUAUUGAAAAUUCUGGUUCUAGAAGGCUGUCAACCUAAUGAGGCAACUUUUGAGAUCCUUAACCGACCAAUAUGCAAAAGUUGGAUGAAGAGAUCUGUUGAGGUUGCAAAAUUUCUGGAGCUUGUGGAUGAAUGCAAAGCUAAUUGAUUUAGGGUCAUUGACUCCAUAUAAAGCCUUUCUCUUAAGCAGUGAAGAAUUAUUCCAAAAAGAUUAAAAUCUCCAGUCAGGCAGAAAUUCAGCAUAAUCUUCAGAAACAAAGAGGCCAUGGACUGCUAUCUAUACUUCUGCUGAAAUUCAGUGGUGUACUAGAUCACUGUUGAGAAAACAGUUCUGGAGCAAGCAAUAGCCGAUAUGAGCUUCAGGGAAAAUAUGUGUUGCCUGGCACGUGACAUUGCAACCCUGCUGGAAGGGAAAAGUGUGUCUUGUUGGAAAGGGCAAUGGCUGGGUAUCUGGGUAGUGUCAUAUCUUCUAUGGGGAAGUUCCUAGAGCUGAGGUUGCUGAGAUGCUUCCCCUAGCCAGACUUGUUUCUCGAAGUACAGAUCCUGCUGUUCAUUCAAGAUCAAAGGAUCUCUUUAUUCAAAGUUCACAGUCGGUGGGAUUAUAUAUUGAAAGCCUUAAAGAACUACUCGAGGUUAUGCGGGACAUUAUACUCCGUUAAAUGAAGUUAUUCUAGAAGACAUCUUCCAGGUUUAACUGAUUUUAGAGGUAGUUAGCAUGGCUGUUGUGAUGCAAGUGGUGGUGUUGGCGAUGGGGAUACAAUUGUAUGUAUCCUUCCAAUCCUUGCCUGGGUUCAAAUAUCAUCCAAUAUCUUUGUGUCUAGAGAAUUCACUUAUGAAUAUCAAAAUUUCAAAGAGAUGGAUACUCAUUUUUUGGGACACAAAUAAUAGUAGAUCGAAUGAGGUUUCUCUGAGAUAAUAGGCAUAACUCUUGCUAGUCGAACUUAGGAAAUGUAUUAGUUAGAGGGGGAAUACAUAGCAGCCAGUGUUACCUUUGGUUCUUGGCAUGUAGGCUUUGUCGUCUAUUAAUUGGUUUUAUCAUUAUAUCUCUUUUGUCAAGCAGAAUUUGAUUUUCAUGGGGAGGUUUGGGAGUGCGGAACCUUCAAACCUCAGCGUGUUCUGGCAGUUGGUGCAUACAGCAACGACGAUGGUUUGCACCUGGAAAAUAUGUUUAUUCAGAAAGAUAAUGCUACAAUUCAUGCAGAUGGGACUUUUGUUAGGGUCUAAACGAAUCUUCACUUUGUUGUAAGUUUUCUUAUUUUUGGUUCAUUAUCUUUGUUUUGUUUGAGAUCUUAAAAUUAAAAAAAGGUUCCGUGGGCCUCCCUUUCCUUGGGAGACCUUUGAAUUGCU